UGGACGAGGUACAAAAAGCCACAGAAAAAAGUUACGAAAUAUUAGAAGUACCUAUGUGUGGAAGUAUGACAUUCAGCAAUAUGACAAAACUGCAAAUAUUUCGGGUCUGUUUACAGAUACUAUAAAUAAAUUUAUCAAAAGUAAACAUGCGUCUGGUUGGCCCUCAAAGUGUGUUACUCCAAAGCAAACAGACCAAAACAUUGAAGUCUUCUUGAAUAAUAUGGAUGUACGACUGGAGUUUGCUGAAGUUGUGAAUAAUCUACUUCUGCGUUCUUUAGCAAUGAUCAUGUUGAAUAGUUUCUAGGGAAAAUUUGGGCAAAGGGAAAACAAGUAUAAUACUAAAAUUGUCCGAGAUCCUAGCGAACUCUUUGGCAUGUUUGCAAAACGCUAAAUUUAUAUUAACACACUGCUCCCUAUAAAUUAAGAAGCACUUGUCAAUUAUGAACACAGGGAGGAAACAUAUCAGCAUUUAUCAACUGUAAAUAUAGUGAUAGCAGUAAGUCAGAUUACGGGCACUUCGAACAAUUGGAUGAUAUGAUAGUGUCUAAGCCUGGAGAGUUUGAUGUACCCACAGGUAAAUUCGUUGGGGAUAUGACCGACGAAUUAGAAUCCUAUGGUUCCGGCAGCUACAUUACAGAGCUCGUGUCUGGUGGACCUAAAAAUUACGCUUAUAAAGUGUUUUAUACUCGUGAUCCUGAAGAAAAGGUGGUCUGCAAAGUAAAAGGUACAAAAUGGUGUGGAACUGGUGAUAUUGCAAAAGAUUAUUUUGAUUUAGGCACAGAGCCUUUGGUCGACGCUUGCUGCAGGUCUCAUGAUUUAUGUCCAAUAAAAGUUAGGGCACAUUCCAAAAGAUAUAAUUUAACAAAUAAUUCUUUAUACACAAAAUCACAUUGUAAAUGUGAUGAUAAUUUAUAUAACUGUUUAAAACACAGCCAAUCUCAAACUGCAAGUAUUAUGGGAAACAUUUACUUUAACUUAAUUCAAGUCCCUUGUGUAGAUGAUACAAAAACUGGUAAAAGAUUUAGAAAUGCAAAAAAUAAUUUCUAA